GAUCAUCUCUAAACCACAAACCACUAGUCUAUUAGAUAAUUUUUCUGUCUUUCCUGCUAUCGCCUAUCCUCUUCCACAAAUGCAAAUGUUCCCAUCGGUUGACAUCAUGCAAACUAAACCCAUACAGUAAUGGAAUCCAAUGUGUACACCUGGAGCCACCUGCGGUUUCUGCCUUCUCGGGUCAGUCUUCAAAAGUUCAAGUCAGCAUCAUCAAAGGUUAUAUGUGCUAACUGCAAAGAGCUAAACCAGCACUAAAGCUACCAACCUCUCCCUACGCCUCCAUAGCAGAGCUCCCUGAGAAGGAGAAGAAAAAAUGGUUGCACUGCUCUAUCUUGUCAUUCUUCCAUUGCUCUCCAUCCAGAUUUGCUCUGGAGCUUCGCCAUGGCAGACCAUGACCACCGGCUCACACAUAAGAGGAGAAGACCAUGACAAGAUAUUCCUCCUCUCUCUAGACGCCACUUUCUCUUGCGGCUUCCAUGAACUUGGAACAAAUGCUUUCACCUUCGCCAUCUGGUACACCACCAACACCACCGUGAGAACCGUCGUCUGGACGGCAAAUCCCUACUCCUCGGAGAGUGGCUACUCUCCGGUGAACAAGUACGGCUCCAGGAUAUCGCUGAACCGCGAUGGCAACCUGAUCCUCACGGAUACCAAUGGGACAACGGUGUGGGAAAGCAAGACGUCGUCAGGGAAGCACACAACAAUUACCCUCCUCAACAGCGGCAACCUUGUGAUCAAUGAUUCCAGCAACAAUAUUGUGUGGCAGAGCUUCCAUUCACCAACUGACACCUUGCUCCCGGGGCAGAACCUGACAAAAGACACAAGGUUGGUAUCUGGUUAUCAUCACCUCUAUUUUGACAACGACAAUGUCAUGCGACUGCUGUAUGACGGCCCAGAAAUUACAAGCAUCUACUGGCCAAGUCCAGAUUACAAUACUCUCAAAAAUGGCCGCAAUAGAUUUAACAGCACCAGGAUAGCAGUUCUAGAUGACAUGGGUAAUUUCGUGUCAAGUGAUGGAUUCAAGAUAGAGGCUUCAGAUUCAGGUCCAGGAAUCAAGAGAAGGAUCACAAUCGAUUACGAUGGCAAUUUCAGGAUGUACAGCUUGAAUGCAUCAACAAGGAAAUGGGUCGUCACAGGGCAGGCUGUAAUACAGAUGUGCUAUGUGCAUGGAUUGUGUGGAAAGAAUGGGAUCUGUGACUACUCUGGUGGUCUUCGAUGUAGGUGUCCUCCAGAAUAUGUGAUGGUUGAUCCAACAAAUUGGAACAAAGGAUGCAGACCAACGUUCUCAAUUGACAGAAACCGAGCACAUGAGGAUUUUACAUUUGUCAAGCAACCCCAUGCUGACUACUAUGGCUUUGAUCUGUCCUCCAAUCAAUCCAUCUCAUUUGAAGCAUGCUGGAACAUUUGCUUGAACAGCAGCAUCUGCAUAUCUUUCACAUACAAGGCUGGGGAUGGUUGGUGUUACACUAAAAAUUUACUCUACAAUGGUCAGCGGUACCUGUAUUUCCCCGGAGAUAACUAUAUGAAAGUACCAAAGAGUUCCAACAGUUCAACAUCCUUAAUCUCCAAACAAGAAAGCCUCACCUGCGGACCCCCAGGUUCUGAGGUCAUGCUAGGAUCAGCAAGCAUGUAUGGAACAGAAAAAGACAACAUAAUUUGGACAUACUUGUAUGUCUUUGCUGCAAUAUUGGGAGGUCUAGAGUUGCUUGUUAUUGUUACAGGCUGGUACCUUUUCUUUAAGAAGCAUAACAUACCCAAAUCAAUGGAGGAUGGAUACAGGAUGAUCACAAACCAGUUCAGGCGGUUUACAUACCGAGAAUUGAGAGAAGCAACUGGAAAGUUCAAAGAAGAGCUUGGGAGAGGAGGCGCUGGAAUUGUUUAUAGAGGAUUACUUGAAGAUAAGAAAAUUGUGGCGGUAAAGAAGCUUACAGAUGUUCGCCAAGGAGAGGAGGAAUUCUGGGAAGAAGUGACCCUUAUUGGAAGGAUCAAUCACAUAAAUUUGGUCAGGAUGUGGGGUUUUUGCUCAGAAGGGACAAACAGGCUAUUAGUGUACGAGUAUGUGGAGAACGCGUCACUGGAUAAUUAUCUCUUUGGCGAGAGGAGUACAGAAAGACUGCUUGGUUGGAGCCAAAGGUACAGGAUUGCGCUGGGCACAGCAAGGGGCCUUGCUUACCUUCAUCAUGAAUGCCUUGAGUGGGUUGUUCAUUGUGAUGUGAAGCCAGAAAACAUACUCCUAACUCGAGAUUUCGACGCCAAAAUAGCAGAUUUUGGACUAGCCAAGCUUUCAAAGCGAGAUAUCACCAGUUUCAAUUUCACCCAUAUGAGAGGCACAAUGGGCUACAUGGCACCAGAAUGGGCACUGAAUUUGCCGAUCAAUGCAAAGGUUGAUGUUUACAGCUACGGGGUCGUGCUUAUGGAGAUUGUGACUGGAAUCAGGGUUUCUAGUGGCAUAGAGUUAGAUGACAGAAAUGUAGAUUUUCUGGAGUUUGUCCAGGAGACUAAACAGAUACUGGCUACUGGAAAUGUCAGUGAUAUUGUUGAUCACAGACUGCAUGGCCAUUUUGAUCCAGAGCAGGCGAUUGCAAUGGUGAAAGUAGCUUUUUCAUGCCUCGAAGAAAGAAGCAAGAGGCCAACAAUGGAAGAAAUUGUCAAGAUUCUCAUGUCAUGUGAUGAUGAAGAAGACUUCCACCCUACCUAUUCAUAUUGAUUUGCAACAGAUGCAAAUAUUUGAGCUACGCAUAACAAGAUAGCUUUGAUGGGGUUAUUGUAGGCACAAUGA